AUGUACAUGCAGAAUCAAGACAGAGCAUCGUAUCUUGCUUCUGAAGAAAAUAUCCCACUGGCAUCACAAUCUUGGCUCUGGAAAAAGAAAAGAAAUUCUGUCUUUCCUGAAGCUGAAAGCCAGAGCAAAGCAGAGGUUUGGGUGCAAACAGUUAUCCCUUCAGGCUCUCAAGUAACUGAAGAUUCACUGAGGAGUGAUGUGGAACCUAAAUCACAAGCAACCAUUACCUCAUCUGUUCCUCUACCAGGCAGUGUUACUGCCUACGUGGAUGAAAUGCAAGUCCAUCCUUCAUGUGCUAUUAAAAGUAUUAUGAUUGAUGAAGAAACUGGACAGGUUGAAAUUGGGCAAGGAGAAUCUUGGCUGAACAAAUUUAGAAUCAACGGGAACAAGUUGGCAUUUUUGAAGUGCCUGAUUGGGUGGAAAGGAAACAAAACAGCAGUGGAAAAAGUAGAUCCUCCAAAUGCUCCUGGAAUUUGCUCUCAUGACAACCACAGACUGCAUGAGCUGGAUGGAUGCAUGGCAAAAGAAGAACAACCAUAUAUUCCAUACAAGUUAGCUAAAUUAUAUAUUACCAAGGUUGUGAAAGAUAUGCAACAAAUGAAAAUCAGACACAUGAAGGUAAUCAAAGAAUUGGACUGUAUAAGAAAAGAUAGCCAGGAGCAGGCCAUAAUUGUUCUAAAGAAUCAUCACAGUGAAAAAAUGAAGAUCCUGAAAGCCCAGUUAGAAGCCUACCAAGAGUUGGUAGACAAGAAAAAUAAACAAUGGCAAAAUACAGCUAAGGUAACUGAUAACUUCAAACUUCAUCACAGGGAUGAAAAUUGCAGACAUGCUCACUGGGCAGUUUGUGACACAACUGUAAAGUGA